UCUUCUUCUUCUUCUUCUUCUUCUUGGCUUAGAAAAAAAAAGAUGGGACUCCAAAAUGAAAAGAAAAUGAAAAUACUAUGCCUUCAUGGAUUUAGAACCAGCGGAAGUUUCCUCAAGAAGCAAAUUAGCAAAUGGGAUCCUUCUAUUUUCCAUCAAUUUGACUUCGAUUUCCCAGAUGGAAUUUUCCCUGCUAAAGGCAAAUCUGACAUAGAAGGCAUUUUCCCACCACCCUACUUUGAGUGGUUCCAGUACAAUGAGGACUUCACAGAGUAUACAAAUCUUGAAGAAUGCAUCUCUUAUUUGUGUGAAUACAUCACAAGCAAUGGCCCUUUUGAUGGUUUGCUUGGCUUCUCUCAGGCAUCAACACUCUCAGCUCUGUUGAUUGGCUACCAAAUUCAGGGAAAAGUGUUGAAGGAACAUCCACCUUUGAAAUUGUUUGUAUCAAUAUCAGGGACAAAGUUCAGAGAUCCAAGAAUAUGUGAAGUUGCUUACAAGGACACUAUCAAGGUGAAGUCCGUUCAUUUUAUAGGAGCCAAGGACUGGUUGAGAUUGCCUUCUGAGGAGCUUGCCACUGCCUUUGAUAACCCUCUUAUCAUAAGGCACCCACACGGCCACACUGUCCCAAGACUUGAUGAGGAAUCCACUGGGAAGCUACGUGCAUGGGCGACAGAGAUCAUCCAAUGCAACAACAGAAUUUUGGAGAAAGAAGAAAUUAAGGAGGAUGAGGAAAAGAAGCAAGAAAGGCCUGAUAAGAUAGACAACCAAGAGCAGAUUACUAUUCCAGUUUGAACCAAGGAACUAACAAUGGAGCAACUAUUUGCUGCAAAACUACCCUCUAUGAUUUCUAUUAUAUGCUAUGCCACCUAGUUUGGGAAUGUAAAUCAUAGCUGUGAGCUAUUGCGCCCUCCCUUCGUAAAGAUAUAAAUAAAUAAUAAAAAUAAGGGAGAAAGAAGAAGAUUAAAUGAAGUUGAAGCUCGCCCAGUCUCUUGUAAGUUUGACAGUUUAGUGCUGAUGUAGUAGCAAUGUUCAUAAAGGGGCUAAUUCUUAAGCCUCACAGAGAAACUUGAGUCAAAUUUGUUCACUUUAGGAGAUUGACGUGUGCGAAAACCAAUUUUGGAAGUCGACAGUGAAUGCCAGAAACCAUCAAAGCCAUUAGUACUGUCACUGCUUAAUUAAUUACAUUAUGAUAUUAUCCUAAGAUAAAUCUUUCAUGGUAUUGAAUGUUCAACAUUUUAAAGAACUUGAUUAA